GUUCAAACUUUGUGACGCGUAAGAUCAGCCGUUCUGUGGCAAAGAUUCACCUUGGCCAACUGGAGAGCUUCAGUCUGGGCAACCUGGACUCCAAAAGGGACUGGGGCCACGCCAACGACUAUGUGGAGGCUAUGUGGCUGAUGCUGCAACAGGAGGAGCCAGAGGAUUUCGUCAUAGCGACGGGGGAGGUGCACAGUGUGAGGGAGUUUGUGGAAAAGGCCUUCAAACAUGUGGGGAAAACCAUUGUGUGGGAUGGAAAGGAUGAGAAGGAGGUCGGCCGUUGCCAGGAGACAGGGGUGAUACAUGUGAAGGUGGACCCAAAAUACUUUCGUCCUACUGAAGUGGACUACCUACAAGGCGACAGCACCAAAGCGUAUCAGAAGCUGGGUUGGAAGCCAAAGGUGACUUUUGAGGAGCUGGUGAAGGAGAUGGUGGAUGCCGACAUCGAGCUGAUGAAGAAAAACCCAAACGCCUGAGGCCAAAUCACUCCUGCGUUCUAUCACUGAGACCAACAGCCGAGGGAGCACGUUGUAUUUUUACCUUUCUGACUUUUCCAAAUGAAGUAAUCGUGUCCUUUCUUCUUUGUUAAGGAGGCUAGACCGAACCAUGUAUUGCCUUUGUGUCUUGUGUCUAUUUCUAGCAUCAUGUCAUUUUGAUUUUGUUUUGUUAUCACAUAGCAGAGAUGCCUUUUUACACUGAUCAUGUCAUAAUUUAUAUAGAUGGCAAGGGUUUAUUUAUGUGUAUUUGUUUCCUUUUGAUUGUAACUGAAUUGAUUUCAGAUGACAUUCUUUCUUUCAGAUGGUAAAAUGGCAGAAUAUAUAAAUAAAUAGAAGGUUGAAGAUUUUAUCUUUUACUGGAAAAAAAGGAAUGAACCGGUUUAUUAAAGGUCUGAAUGAACAAAUGAAGCAUUUGGUACAAUAAAAACAGAUCUUUUUA